AUGGCCUUUCCCGCCACAGCCCUGUCUUCUACCCAUAAUCCUUUUCUUUCCGCCAACCCUUUCUCCACCCCUAAUCCUUACCCAAACCCCACCCCUUCUUAUACCAACCCUCCACCCAUUACCCCGCCCCACCUCUCCACCCCUCCUCAGGUUCCUCCUUCCAGUCACACCUCCAAGGUGGAGCCUUUGUUGUCACCUAACCCUGCCCAGACUCCCACACUUGAUCCCUCCCCCUGGGCUUCCGGUUCCCACGCUCCCCAAUCCAGUUCCCACGCUCUGGACUCUGAGGAGGGGGAGUCGGCGAACUGA